GACACUGACCCACCUGCCUAAGGGCACUCUCGUUGGAGGCUGGGAUCUGGCCCCAAGUCUCUCUAUUCCUAAUCCCUUAUGCCAUCUCCCUAGUACCUACCCUAAGCACUGAGGCUGGGUCUGUCUGUCCCAACCUGCAAACUUCUCAGCAACCCUUGCUGAGGCAUCUCCCCACCUUGGUGCACCAGGAGGUGGCAAUUGCUUGGUCCCCAGGUCCCCAGCUGCCCCAGCUCCUCCUCACAGAGGAGAGAGGACAGACACUCUCCUUGCCUUCCCCAGUGGUUGGCACAGCAGCGCUGCUCCCGCCUGCUGCCUGGCUGAUGGAGAGAUUAAUCCUAAGCCCUUCCUGGCAGCACCCCCAACCCCCACCCCAGGCAGGACCAUGCUGGCUGUCCCCUCGGGACUUGGAGCACCAAGUCGGCUGCUGAGGCAGAAGAGCUGGCCCGGCUCCCUGCAGCAUCCGGCCGGACCUAGGCUUUCAAGAGAAAGGGAGACUUUGGAGUCCUGCUCUUCUGCAAAUUUGGAAUGAAUAAACUUCCCUUUAGAGGAGGCUGCAGGAGGCUUGGGCACUGACUUUCUGCCAGGGCUGCUAUGGUGGAAGUUGGUUUGGGUUUGUGUUUUGUUCUUUUCAUUUCCCCCUACCUCUGUCACAAACUCUCUCUUUCCUGGUCACUGAGACAUGGGCUCCCCAUGCCCGGCAGAGAACCGGCUGGGAACACGCUUCCUAAGACAAGCGGCUGCACUCCUCCCCUGCCUGUGCGCUGAGAACCAAGUAACGCAUGCAGAAUAGCAGAGCGCACUGCAGCGCAAGUGUGAAACACCGCGGCCCUGACUCGCUCCUCACCGUCCGCCAGAAUCCAGCUGGCUGGCCCUGUAAUUGAAAGGCACUUUUAUUUCCAUUGGCUCCUGAUUGGAAUGCCUCUCUCAAUGUAAGGUUAUAGGUGUCUGGAGACAGCUCCGGCGGGAAUGAAUAGCAUAAGAAAUGGUCACACAAUACGGAGGGCGGACAGGUGAGCCCACGGCUUCCUGGCCCGACAGUCUGAGGCAAUGCCCACGUCUUCCAGAGACAGGGACCUGCGUCCUGGACACCAGCACUUUGACUCCUGCAGCCCCUUGAGCCAGCUCUGUCCUGGUCCCGAGCCUCAGUCAGUCAAGGGCCUUUACUACCGCAGGGCCCGAAAGGUGAGCACCCUGGACGCCUCUCCUGAGGCGGACCUCAAGAAGGAGAUCCUGGUGAACGUGGGUGGCCGGCGGUACCUGCUGCCCUGGAGCACCCUGGAUGCCUUCCCGCUGAGCCGCCUGAGCAGGCUCCGGCUGUGCCGCAGCUACGAGGAGAUCACACAGCUCUGUGACGACUACGAUGAGAACAGCCAGGAGUUCUUCUUCGACAGGAACCCCAGCGCCUUCGGGGUGAUCGUGAGCUUCCUGGCGGCGGGAAAGCUGGUGCUCCUGCGGGAGAUGUGUGCACUGUCCUUCCGAGAGGAGCUGAGCUACUGGGGCAUCGAGGAAGCCAACCUGGAGCGCUGCUGCCUGCGCAAACUGCUGAAGAAGCUGGAGGAGGCGGCCGAGCAGCGCAGGGAGGAGGCCGUGCAACGCCAGCAGCGGCGCCAGGCCUGUCGCUCCGAAGUGCACGCUUCCCGCUGGGCCCGCAGCAUGAACCAGCUGCGGGAGAUGGUGGAGGACCCACAGUCAGGGCUGCCCGGGAAGGUCUUUGCCUGCCUCUCCAUUCUCUUCGUGGCCACCACGGCUGUCAGCCUGUGUGUGAGCACCAUGCCCGAUUUCAGGGCUGAGGAGGACAAGGGAGAAUGCGCUAGAAAGUGCUACUACAUCUUCGUGGUGGAGACCAUCUGUGUGGCCUGGUUCUCCCUGGAGUUCUGUCUGCGCUUUGUCCAGGCCCGGAACAAGUGCCAGUUCUUCCGCGGGCCCCUAAACGUCAUCGACAUUCUCGCCAUCUCUCCGUACUACGUGUCGCUCGCAGUGUCUGAGGAGUCCCCGGAGGCAGGCGAGAGGCCGAGUGGCAGCUCUUACCUGGAGAAAGUGGGGCUGGUGCUGCGUGUUCUGCGUGCAUUACGCAUCCUCUACGUCAUGCGCCUGGCUCGCCACUCACUGGGGCUGCAGACGCUGGGCCUUACUGUGCGCCGCUGCGCCCGAGAGUUUGGCCUCCUGCUGCUCUUCCUGGGUGUGGCGGUUACCCUCUUCUCCCCGUUGGUCUACGUGGCUGAGAAUGAAUCCGGAAGGGUCCUGGAGUUCACCAGCAUACCCGCAUCCUAUUGGUGGGCUAUCAUCUCCAUGACCACGGUGGGCUAUGGGGACAUGGUCCCUCGCAGCGUGCCGGGCCAGAUGGUAGCUCUGAGCAGCAUCCUCAGUGGGAUCCUCAUCAUGGCUUUUCCAGCCACGUCCAUCUUCCACACCUUCUCCCAUUCCUACCUGGAGCUGAAGCGGGAACAGGAGCAGAUCCAGGCCCGCCUCCGGCGUCUUCAGAAUACCAAUUCGGUCAGUGAACGGGAGCUCCUGAGUGAUGUAGAUGACAUGGUCCCCGAGGGCGUGAUCUCCCCUGUCCGAUAUAUGUAACUCCCACCACCUUAGGAAUGUGCAAUAGCUUCAACCCAUCCCCUGGCUGAGACAAUCUCCUGCCUGUCCUGGAUGGACCACCUUGGGGUAUGUCCUCAGAAUACUGACCGACGUCCAAAGUAGGAAAGGUGCCAGGCCACGACGUCAUCGGUGUGAUCGUGGGCCCAUCCAUCCUUUGCCCUUCCUCACUUUUCGGCCCAUCACUGUGCACUGCCCAUCUUGCCAGGCUGGAUCGGUGUUCCGGUGUUCCUUUCCCUUCCUUGCAAACUCUGUGAUAGCCCAGCCUGGGUUCUGAUGCGCACAGAAUUAAUCGCCACUAAGAGCUAACUGCGGAGUCUGCAGAUUUUCAACUUCUCCCUCAGACGCCCUCUCCUGGGCCGCACCACCCCUGGAAAUCAGAGGACUUGGGCACGGAGGCCUGCUCAGAGCUCCACGAGCCUGCAAGGCUUCCAGGCAGAUCAUGGGCUCUUUUAACGCUUUCUACCUACCGCCAACCCCAUUUCCAGAGGCCCUUAACUAAGAAGGAUGUCCUGGCCAUUACAGUCAAUACUGUCAGGGUCUCAUGGCUGCUGUCACCUAUGACAUGCCUGGGGACCUGGGCAGGAGGGCUACCUGCAGGUACCCAGUUGGCCAGCUGGGCUCUUGGUGGACAUUCUUUAGUAAUUCAGCUCUUAGCCUUGACAAGGAAACUCUGAGAACUUGAGUUUCAAUGUCCCUUCAGAGAAUGAUAGCACCAGGAACAACCUCAGUCAACUGAAUGUCACUGACACAGCUCAGCAGGACAGCCUUAGGCCUGCCUGGUUUCAGCUCUCCACACCUGACCCGCACGGAUGGAGGAUGGGUAUUCCUGGACAUUCUUGUGUGUGUCCACAUAUCCAUGUGCUCAUCUGUCCACAGAUUCAGGCCUGGGAUCCACAGAGGAGGCAGAUCACUAUGGACAAGACUUAUAGAGAUGAACCAGAAAUAAGCAGCAACCUCUGAGCAGCCCGUGCCCCAAAGUUUCCCCAAGAGACGGGGGCUAAUGCCGGAGGGACACUCGGGGGCACAGGGCUGUAAGGCAGGCUAGGGUGAGGAGGCGAUGGGCCUCAGAGCACUGUGGCUGUACUGGGGGUGAGGACAAGGAUGACAGUUCAAGGGGUCAUGAGACCAGGCUGAAGUGGGAAUGACAGCCAUCCAGGAAUAACCUGUGGGUUCCCCUCCUUCAAGACACUACCAAGCUGGCACAGACUAUCUGGGAGACAUCUCUGUGGCACUUCUCAGGGGGAACACAGCCUUACUAUCACUCAUGAUUUGCUGUGAGGGACACAAGUAGGUGACAGCAGAUAGACAGGACCAUGUGAAUGUGACACGGCUCAUGUGUGGGUACAGUCAACACUGCAGGCCUGCUAACAUGUGCCUGGCUAUUGGUCCUUCCGACAGUGCUGAGCUGAGCCCUGCUGUUGCCAGGCCCACCCUUCCCCUAAUUGCAGCUCCAAUGGCUCUGCCCAGAGAAGUCACAGCACCUAACGCAGAGUGUGUCUUGCCCAUGUGGGAACUCUCACGUCCUCUGACUCCCCCAGUGGAUGCACACACAUGUCCCCAUCCCUCUAGACCUCAAGGUUCAGGGAGCAGCCUUAGUCCUCCCAAGCAAGGCCUUUGUAUCACACUAGGAGAGCUGACGCAUGCUGCUCUGCUUCAGAAAUCAGCUAGCAGAGUCCUGGGGGUACCUGGACAUAUCUUAGGAACAUAUUAAAAAUAGCUAUGUUAAUCUUUUGCUCCAGGCUAGUUUUUAUUAUUAUUAUUAUUAUUAUUAUUAUUAUUAUUAUUAUUGGAGAGGAUCUCACGGUUGUAAUCCUCCUGCCUCAACUUCCUAGUUCCCAAGUUAACAUUUUUACAGGUAUCACUAGGCAAAACACUAUAAACAGUCAGUUUUUCCUUUCUACUCUUAAGGACAGACAGCACAGGUACCUCUGAGACCGGGGUGUUUCUCUCUCUCUCUAUGUCAUACUGUGGGCGUGUCCCUUUGUCUCCCUGUAACCCGAAGAGUUGGGCCAGAUCUGUGGAUCUCUGGCUGAGGUUCUACAGAAUCCUCUUGAGGGUUACUGUUGUUGGGGGAAGACCAGCCAAAGAGGCAGAAGUCCCAUUGGCCAGUGAUGAUCACAUCCUCACACAAUGUCUAGCAGAAUACAAAAAUGUCUAGACUCCUCCUUGCCCCCAAACCAGGGCUAUGUUAAAAACACAGGCUACUUACAGGGCUUUUAGGACGUCAGCAUGGCCACCGGCAGUCCCUUCAAAAGCUGAUCAGUGUGUGCCCGGUGGGCAUGCACUUCGGAGGGCAGAGUGUCCACUGAUUCCAUUUGCUUCUCAAAGGAAGAGUCUCCAAACAGGGAAAGCAGUUCUAGCCUCAGUCAACUCCCCCUUGGAAGAUGGAGAGACCUAGGCCCAGGAGAGGGAAAGGUGCCUGCUUCUGGCCCCACAGCUGGCUUGUCUCAUUACAUUCAAGUAUCUAGUAUGUUCUGCUGCCAUCUUGGGCUCAAGGAAAGCAGGGCCUGGUGCUUGGAGAAUGUGCUUGAGAGGAAAAGGAAGAAGUGGUUCGCCACACUGCCCUGAGCUGAGUGGCCGAGAUACUACUGUGGCAUGUCCUGGGCACAGGAGACACAGGGAUUGACUUGCUGGACCAGCUCUUCCUCACAUAUCGAACUGAAAUCCUGCAGGAGGCCACCCAUAGUUCCUCCCAGCACAGACAACUCCUGUGAACUCACUGCAAAGACUUCUAACCUGGAGAUGAGCUGGGAAGGCCACACAGAAAGAGGGACGCAGCAUUCAGUCUGCCGGCUCUUUGCCAGCCACCACGCCUGGAGGCUCAUUCCAGAUUCGCCUGCCCGCAGAGCUCUUUUCCUGUCACCAGAUUGCUAUCUCUCAAGUACCACACCCAAUCCUUCCCAUGAUGCACUGCAUGCCUCACUGUGGAGCCUGUCCACAUCUCCCACUCCUCAUGGAGACUUGGGAAAAUAGACACAUUCUGGGUGGUCUCUGGCCUUCAGCCUGUGGGUUUGUACCGUUUCAUGUGAAAAACAGGAGAUACAAUGAGUCCCAGUGAAUCUUUCCCCCUUUAGAAGAAAGAGGAAAGGGGGAGGGAGGAAAAGUUAUUAUCGAUGAGGGGGGCAGUCCGUUUCUUUGGGAGGUGAUCCCAGGACACACGGUGGAGAGUAGAAACUGAGGAAGGAGUCAGGGAGAGCUGGCCUGGUCCAAAGAUUGAAAUAGAGUGGUCGCAUUGGUUCUUGUCUGCUGCCUGCCUGCGCCAGGCCAGGUAGACUGUUCCAGCUUGGCUGGCCAGCCUGAAGGGCUCCUGUGAGGAGAGCACACCCUUUUACAGGUCCCUAAGACUCAGUAUUCCCAACCCUGGGCAGCUUCCACAGAGCCUAAAGUAGGGCCUUGAUGAGAAAGGGUCCCACCUCUGUCUAUGUAGGUGUGGAGAGAAAGAACAAAGGAGGGGACAUGACUUGGGGGAAUAUCACGAGGGUGGCACAGCUAGGCUCAGCUCAGGCUCUGACUCCUAGCUCCGGGGCUUCCAGCCCUGGGUGGCCUGCUCUCUGCCCAAUGCCUGUCUUUACCCAGCUCUGACAUCUAGCCAAGAAGUACAAUGCCAGUUAAAAAUAAAACAAAAGUCACCAGCUUUGCCCUGCAACUGCCUGCUUCUGAGGACACAUAGAGAACUCAGAGCCACCACUUUGGGACUCGCUGGAAGGAGGGCACAGCCAAGGGGGCACGGGUGCCAUGUGACACGAGUUUGGGACAGUGUGGGCCCUGAACUAAAAAUAGCCCAUCUCACUGCCUUCACUGUGUUAGCAGUGACCUGCCUGAGGGAGACCCCUGGGAGACUCAGGGUGCCAACUGCACUUGCUGGUUGAGCUUUUGGGACCCUGCAUACCUCUGAAUUAAAUAUUAAACAACAUUUAAAAAGGA